AUGAGACUUGAUGUCCUCAUCUGUGAAAUAGGGGCGUUCAACCCCGUCUCCUCCUCCGCUGAAGGCCCGCUGGAGCUGCAGAGUUUACAGAAGCCUUCCCUGGGGCCCAGAGGUGAUGGCGCGCUCUCCCGGCUGGAGGAGGGGGAUGGGGCGACCGCCCGGCCCAUCAGACGGCGCCAGCCCAGGCUCGGGCAGGCGGGGCCCCUGCAAGGAGAACUCCGCGCGCGCCUCCUUUCCAAAACAGUGGAGGCGCCCCGGAGGGGCCGUCCUGCCAGCCCGGACGGGAUGCCCACAGCCAUGCUCCCCUACGCCUGCGUCCUGGUGCUUUUGGGAGCAAGUGCCCCAGAGGCCACAGGAGAGACGCUGGGGGGCCCGGUGGCCCCGGGGGUGACGCAGGCUCAGCUGUCCUUGUACGCUGCCUCCUAUGAUCCUGAAGCCUCGGCGGCCGUCCCCGGUCCCCUUCUCUGUGGAAUGGGAACUCGGGCAGCACAUACUGAUGGUGUCGGAUCCAGAUCCCCAAAUCCAGAGCCUGGUAGUAAUGCUGGGAAGGGUGGUGGGCUUCGCUACCCAGUGGCCCACAUGUCCCCCGGGCCCACAUUCCACGUGGCACCCGUGUCAGCCACAGGACCCACGGAGGCAGUCCUGGUGUGGCCCCCAGCUUACGGGGCUCCCGGGGUCUCCGGGGACCCCACGAGUCUCCAGAGGAGCCCCCGGGCCUCCAGGAGGCGAGGGAUCUACUCUGCCUCAUUUUCCGGAGAAGCUGUCCGGGGCCACCCGCCCCAUCAGACAGCUGCUGAGGGACAGUGUGGGGACCUCAGGCCUCCCCAGGCCUUCUCUGGUGGCGCCGGGAAGCUGCAGUGUGCGGUGGAGAAGGGGGCAGAGUCCCGCACCACAGAGGCGACUGGGACCGCCGGGGGUAGCCGUCUACACUGGGAACCCCGCUGCCAACAGCCCCCGCCCAGCAGAGCCCCCGUCACUGUGCUGCUGCCCCCACGCCUUGAUGGGCCCUGGGUCUCUACCGGCUGUGAGGUGCGCCCGGGACCCGAGUUCCUCACCCGCUCCUACACCUUCUACCCUAACCGCCUCUUCCGAGCCUAUCAGUUCUACUACAGGGACCCUUUCUGCCGGGAGCCUGCCCACUCCCUGCUCAUCAAGGGCAAAGUCCGCCUGCGCCGGGCCUCCUGGGUCACCCGAGGGGCCACCGAGGCCGACUACCACCUGCACAAGGUGGGCAUCGUCUUUCACAGCCGCCACAGCCUCCUCGAUGUCACCAGGAGUCUCAACCAGACCCGGGUGGGCCAGGACUGUGCCCGGCGGCUGCCCCCAGCCCGGGCCUGGCUGCCCGGGGCCCUGUACGAGCUGCUGAGCGCCCGGGCCAAGCAGGACUGCACGGAAGCCCUGGGCUUCACCAUGCACGAGCUCAGCCUGGUCCGCAUGCUGCGGCACCUGCAGCCACAGCCUCGGGCUGGGCCCCGGCUGGUGGAGGAGCUCUACCUGGGGGACAUCCACACCGACCGAGGGGAAAGGUGGCACUACCGGCCCACGGGCUACCAGCGCCCGCUGCAGAGUGCCCUGCGCCACGCCCACCCCUGCCCUGCGUGCGGCGUCAUCGCGCGCUCUGACGAGCACCACCCGCCCGUGCUGCCCCCCCCGGCGGCCCUGCCCCUGCGCCUGGGGGGCCGGUGGGCCAGCCCCGGGUGCGAGGUGCGCCCCGCCGUGCUGUUCCUCACCAGGCUCUUCACCUUCCACGGGCACAACCGCUCCUGGGAAGGGUACUACCGCCACUUCUCAGACCCCGCCUGCCGCCAGCCCACCUUCACGGUCUACGCCGCGGGCCGCUACACCAGGCCCAGGCCCUCCAGCAAGGUCGUCGGUGGCACCGAACUGGUGUUUCAGGUCACGCGGGCCCGAGUGACUCCCAUGGACCAGGCCACCACGGCCAUGCUCAACUUCUCCGACCCGAGCAGCUGCGGGGGCCCGGGGGCCUGGUCCCUGGGAACCGAGCGGGACGUCACAGCCACCAACGGGUGUCUACCGCUGGGCAUCCGGCUCCCCCACGUGGAGUACGAGCUGUUCAAGAUGGAGCUAGACCCCCUCGGGCAAAGCCUGCUCUUCAUCGGACAAAGGCCCACGGACGGGUCAAGUCCCGACACCCCGGAGAAGCGCCCCACGUCCUACCAAGCGCCCCUGGUGCUCUGCGACGGGGUGGCUGAGGCAGUGUCCGGACCCCUGCAGCACAGGCCUCUGCCGAAGCCCUUCCGUGGUGGGGGGCCAUGUCCUCCAGCGGCCCCUCUCCCCGUCCUGCCCCUGGCUCUAGGGCUGGCCUUCCUCAAGGGGCUGUGA